UGUCAUUUUAGACAUUGACAACGACAAUGUAAAGUAUUGUUUACUUUUUCUGAUUUGUUGCCUUGGUUUUCAAUUUUAAUUAUUUUUAAAUAUGCAAGACCAAACUAGCGAAAAAGGCAUAUUGCUGCCUCACCAUGAGCAAGAGACGCUGUGUACUACACGUUUGCCUUAUCGACAGGGGAGAAAGUUAACCGCAGUAAAGGUAUACUCUAUUAGCAAGGAGUCAAACCACCUUCUAAUAUUUGGAGUUCCCUCUCUAAACCUUCGUCAAGAGACCAAAGCACUGUUCACCAAGUUUGGCAAGCUUCUACAAUUCAACAUAUCAACUGAGCAUGCGUCUGAAGCCUUCACAGAAACCUAUCACGCACAAUAUGAAAGGAUACAAUCCGCUCGGCAUGCGAAAAGAAUGCUUGACACAAAAAACUUCUUUGGUGGUUCCUUACACGUCUGUUAUGCUCCAGAAUUUGAAAGUAUUGAUGAAACCAGACAGAAAUUGUUCCAACGGCAGAAAGACAUCAUAUUUAGAUUAAGAAACUUAACUAAAGAUCAACACAAUACAGUUACAGAGAGUAAUACAUAUAAAACUGAUGCUUUAAUAUCAAGUAAUGAAACAACUAAGCCUGUCGAAAUUGUAUCAGAGCCAUCAGAGCCUAUAAAACUGAAUAUGGGAGUACCAAAUACUAUAUACAGUGGAAAACAAUUAAACGACUCAAAUAGAAAACGUAAAAUAAACAAUAAAAGAAAAUCAAAGACGCUUUUAGAUGAUAAUGUAAAAAAAUCUUAUAAUAGCUUUGAGCAUAAUGUUACAAAUAGUAAUUCAGACGUUAUGUAUAAUGUUCCUACUAGUAAUAAUAAUAUUAAUAUUACAACAGGUAAUAUUAGUAUUACAACAGGUAAUAUUAGUAUUACAACAGGUAAUAUAACACUUGGUAAUCACAGUAAUAUUAAAGUUAUAGAUUGUACAAGAAUAGAUAAUGAAGUGGUUACAAACAUAAACGAAUCUCUCAAUUAUAGUAAUUUUGGCAAUGAGGUUAUAAGAAAGAUUCCUGAAAAACCUGUGAAUAAAAUACAAUUUCAUUUAAAUAAAAAAUCAUAACAUAUA